AUGUCAAGAGAGUAUAAAACAUUUUCUGUUAUUCAUUGUGCAUUAGCAUCUUUGACGUCAUUCAUUCUUUGUGCUGGAUCAACUCCUGUUAUCAUAACACCUUGUUCGGGUGGAUACACAGAAGGUUUCAUGAACUCUUUGGGAUUUACUACUUUGUCGCAAUUGUGUAUUCCUAUCUGCCUCAUCAAUUAUAUGACAGGAGCUAAUGUUAUGUUAUUUUAUAUCAGAUAUAACGCUUUGAAAACGGGAGGAAACCUAUUUCGAUUCAGGCUCUUCAGAAUCAUAUCCUUCAUAUUAUGGAUUAUAUUCUACUCCGUUCUUCUGACAUCUUUAUCUCUCAAUGCACAAAUUGAAAAUCAAAAACAAUCUAAACAAGAUUGUCUAGCAAAAUUUGAAGGUGAUAUCACAGAGGUUAUACAGAAGAAGACAAUCAUUGUUCUAUUCACUGGCACGGGCUUAUCGUGCUCAUUACUGUUAUACGGAACAUUGGGACAGAUUGUUAAUUAUACUUCACAUAUAAUCAUAUUUGCCCUUUUUACGAGGAGAGGACUAUUAGAGAUUCGAACUCAUAUGUCUAUCUAUACACUAAAACGUCAUUCUUUCUUCAUAAGAGUACUGUAUACGGAAACGAUAGUGCAUGCAGUUUCUUUCGCAUUCCCUGCUAUUUCAUUUUUUCUAAUUCCGUUCAUGGAUAUACGAAUUCCAGAAACUCAGAAUGCCUGUGUCACACUCAUAGCCAUGUCUGGAAUCAUUGGACCUGUUUACGUAUUUUAUAAAAAGAAGACACUUCUGCCAAUCCGAGCAAUUAGGAAACGGAAGAUUUGA